AUGGGGUGGAAAUGGGGUAAGGGCAUCCAAGCAACAGCUAACCUAUCCUUGUCUUCUUUGCAGUGGCAAGCCAUCUCUCUGACAGUCAUUGAGAAGGUUCAGAUUGCAGCCGCCAUCUUGGGUUCCCUCUUCCUCAUCGCCAGUAUCUCUUGGCUUAUCUGGUCAACCUUCAGUCCCUCAGCAAAAUGGCAGCGCCAAGAUCUCCUCUUCCAGAUCUGCUAUGGGAUGUACGGAUUCAUGGAUGUGGUGUGCAUAGGUCUCAUCGUGCACGAGGGACCCUCCGUGUACCGCAUCUUUAAACGCUGGCAGGCUGUCAACCAGCAGUGGAAAGUGCUGAACUAUGACAAGACGAAAGACCUGGAGGAUCAAAAGUCGGGAGGCAGGACAAACCCCCGGACCUCCUCAGCCACCCAGGCCAAUGCCCCCUCCUCAGAAGAGGAGGCCGGGGACACCCCGGGCCCUGAAGAAGGCCCUGCUCGGGCGGCCAGCCAUCCCUCAGGCCCUCUGUCCGAUCACCACUGUGCUUACACCAUCCUGCACAUCUUGAGUCACUUACGGCCUCAUGAACCGCGGAGCCCCCAGGGCGGGAGCCGGGAGCUUGUCAUGAGGGUCACGACAGUGUGAGAGGAGACACCUGAAAGGGAGGCCGUGACCAUGCACAGAGACGGGGA